AUGCGCUUCCUUCGGGAACGAAUACAGGCGAUAGCCAACGACCCUUCAGCCUGGUCGGCUACUCCUCGUCCAUACAUGAUUUUUUCAAAGAGAUUCUUCGUAUGGCUGACGGUCAAACGCUUUUCAGCAUUCAUCUGGAAUCUAACUUCGGCGCCAAGCAAUUUGGAUCCGCCGGUGAACGAAGGUCGCUCAAGCUUCGCUCUACUUAACGUACAGCAGGCAAAAACGACCAUUACGAUGCCGCUAAAUUGGGUCGUUAGCCGUGAGUCACGUACUCGCAUUGAAGUCGAAGAAACAUGCCAAGUUGUGGGCGUCUGA